GGGGCGGGGUAAACUCUGCGCCGGAAGUGGCUCGUAGAUCGUAAAUAACUUGGAAAAGGCAAGAAAGGCACUGUCUCCAUUUUGUUGGCGUUGGCUGAUUCUGCCACGAUUUGGAGAUGGGGAGCGUCUUGGGACUGUGCUCCAUGGCGAGCUGGAUACCGUGUUUGUGUGGCAGUGCCCCAUGUUUGCUGUGCCGAUGCUGUCCGAGUGGAAACAACUCCACUGUAACGAGGCUGAUCUAUGCUCUUUUCUUGCUUGUUGGAGUGUGUGUAGCUUGUGUAAUGUUAAUACCAGGAAUGGAAGAACAGCUGAAUAAGAUUCCUGGAUUUUGUGAGAAUGAGAAAGGUGUCGUCCCUUGUAAUAUCCUGGUUGGCUACAAAGCUGUGUACCGCUUGUGCUUUGGCUUGGCUAUGUUCUAUCUUCUCCUCUCUCUGUUAAUGAUCAAAGUGAAGAGCAGCAGUGAUCCUAGAGCUGCAGUGCACAAUGGAUUCUGGUUCUUUAAAUUUGCUGCAGCAAUAGCAAUUAUUAUUGGGGCUUUCUUCAUUCCAGAAGGAACUUUUACAACUGUGUGGUUUUAUGUAGGUAUGGCAGGUGCCUUUUGCUUCAUCCUCAUACAGCUAGUCUUACUUAUUGAUUUUGCCCAUUCAUGGAAUGAAUCAUGGGUUGAAAAAAUGGAAGAAGGAAACUCGAGAUGUUGGUAUGCAGCUUUGUUAUCAGCUACAGCUCUGAAUUAUCUGCUGUCUUUAGUUGCUAUCGUCCUGUUCUUUGUUUACUAUACUCAUCCAGCCAGUUGUUCAGAAAAUAAAGCGUUCAUCAGUGUCAACAUGCUCCUCUGCCUUGGUGCUUCUGUAAUGUCUAUACUGCCCAAAAUCCAAGAAUCACAACCAAGAUCUGGUUUGUUACAGUCUUCAGUAAUUACAGUCUAUACAAUGUAUUUGACAUGGUCUGCUAUGACCAAUGAACCAGAAACAAACUGCAACCCGAGUCUGCUAAGCAUAAUUGGGUACAAUACGACGAGAACUGCCCCAAAGGACGGGCAGUCCGUCCAGUGGUGGCAUGCUCAAGGAAUUAUAGGACUAAUCCUCUUUUUAUUGUGUGUGUUUUAUUCAAGCAUCCGUACUUCCAAUAAUAGUCAGGUUAAUAAGCUGACUCUAACAAGUGAUGAAUCAACUUUGAUAGAGGACGGUGGAGCCAGAAGUGAUGGAUCCCUUGAGGACGGAGAUGAUGUUCACCGAGCUGUAGAUAAUGAAAGGGAUGGUGUCACUUACAGUUAUUCCUUCUUUCACUUCAUGCUUUUCCUGGCUUCCCUUUAUAUCAUGAUGACCCUUACCAACUGGUACAGGUAUGAGCCUUCUCGUGAGAUGAAAAGUCAGUGGACAGCUGUCUGGGUUAAAAUCUCUUCUAGUUGGAUCGGCAUUGUACUAUAUGUUUGGACGCUGGUGGCACCACUUGUUCUUACAAACCGUGAUUUUGACUGAUGAGGACUUCUGGCAUGAAAGUCCCAAUGUAAUCAUUGCUUAUUUGAAAUUAACAGUAUUUCCAACUUUUGUAAAGUUGUGUGCGUGUGUGCUUCCCAUGAUACUUCUCCAGUGUCCUGGCAUGAAUUAGAUUUUACUGCUUGCCAUUUUAUUCAUUAUAUUCUUGUCAGGCGUGUUGCUAAGGAGUGUUAGAAUGAAUUGCAGAGGUUUUAUGGUAUGGUGGUGAGUUAGGAAAGGUGGACAUUGUGAAGUUUAUCCUGUUCUGUACCUGUGAACAUAAUAGUAAAAAAAGGCUACUUGACAAUUUGACUUUUAAAUUGUGUUAGAACUUAAGUGUAGAAAGUAUAAAGGAAGUGAGUGGCUGCCUUUUGAAAUAUUUGAUGUCUUGCUCUGGGAGACUGCAAAGAAUACGGCUAUUUAAAAAUUGUAUAAGCGAGUCACUUAAAUUUGACAGUUGUCUCAAAAACAUUUUUAGGUUUUUCCCUUGGUAUAAAGAUAGGAAACUUAUACAGACAAUGUUUGAUGGAAAGCAGUGUAAGUUAGGAUGGGAAUUGAGGCAGAGACUUAAACUCAUAUUGGUAAUGGAAACUCAAAUUGAACACCCAAUUAGGUUUUAAUCUUCCCAGAGUAGGGAUGGCCUUACAACACAGUAAGCUUUGUUUUGGUCAUUAUAAACAUGUAAAGUAUGGGUUCAGUGGAGACAAUAGGAACUCUGGAGGAUUUAGACAAAGGUUUUAAAAAGGAUAAUCAUGAAUUAGAAGGAAGUUGUUGAAAUCAAAGGUGAGAAACUUUGGACAGGACAGCAAGAAACUGCAAAAAAGUAGGCUUCAGUAGAUACUUAGACAAAAUCUAGUGCAGUCCUGCCAUUUUAAAAAAGAAGCAACAGAAGUACAGACUUAAACAGCUCAGAUAGCUAAUUAGUGGCAAAGCUCAGAAGGUCUGAGUCUGCCCAAAACAGCUGACAUUCCUUCUGGCAUUCACAACUAAUUUGUUAAAAAUACACGCAUAAUAGAUUUUACACCUGACUAGUUGUAGGUACUUUGUAUUGUGAAUUGCUGGUGUCCAGCUUGCCACCUGCCUGUAAACUGGGGCCCUGAGAAUGGUGGAAUGCUGUAGAAUAAACUCCUGCUUAUAGUUCACUUACACAGUUGAAAGGAUGUUUUAAAAUGCUUUUUUAUCUGCUGCCAUCUAAGUAAAAUAUAUAGAUUGUUAUAAUCUUAAAAAUUAUGCAGUAUGUAACAGCUAACUUAGAAACUUAGUUACUUGUGUCAUCAGUGUCUUAAUCUUAUCCCCCCAAAAACCUACAUUUGCUUCUAAGAUAUUUAUUUAAAUGUAAUGUAACAAUACAGCUAAUUCCCCAACCUUAUUCUCUAUUGAUAUUGUAUUCUAUGAUUUGAAUGACUGUAUUGUCUCUAAAUAAAUAAAUUCAGAGAAA